AUGCAGAUCCGCCUCGAGAAGCCGAAGGCCUCGCGCUCCAAGAAGGCGGUGAAGCGCGGCCGCGCGGGCGCGGACAAGGACGUCACGCAGGCAGCGAUCCAGACGAUGCUCGCGACGAAGGACGCGCAGCGCGCGCGCGCGCUGGCGCCCGCUCCGAAGAGUCCGACGAAGAGCCCCAUGAAGAAGAAGCCGCGGUCGAUCACGGCCGGCCCGGCGGCCGCGCUCGGGACCGCGGCGCGCGGCGCCAAGCUCGUCGUCGAGGCCCGCGGGGCCUACAACGCGACGUCGAAGCGCUACGACUUCGACGGGGAGCUGGGCGCGCCGCACUCCAUCUGCGAGGUCGGCCAGCUCAUCCACGACGGCAAACUGAAGAUCUCGAAGCUCCAGAAGGACAAGUCCUACGGCAUCCCCUACGCCACGAUGGCGCGGUGGGCCAUGGACGACAAGAAGUGGCGCGAGAAGCAGAACCUCAGCGGCGGCGUCGAGGGCAAGCCGCGCUGGUACGUCGAGAAGCACUCGCGCGAGCGCAAGACGCUCGACAGCGCGGGCGCGCCGACGCUCCUCGCGAAGCCGGCGCGCGCGGCCAUCGUGCACGCCGUCUGCGACGCGAAGCGCAACGGCUGCCCCUUCCAGCCCAAGGAGGUGAAGGCGAUCAUCCGCGAGGCGUGCAUCGCUACCGGCAAGAUCAACCCGUCGACCAAGGAGCGGUACUACGAGACGACGCGCGUCGACGGCCAGCUCAAGAGCAUCUGCGGCGCCGCCAAGCGCGACUACGACGUGACCCUCGAGAACCAGAAGGGCCAGGGCCACGCGCGCGAGCGCGUCGACGCGUGCGACUACGAGGCCUUGACGAAGAACGUGGAAUUGGUCGCGCCCUUGCUCCGCGCGUUCCAGGAGCAGUACGGCAAGAUGCCCCUGGACAACGUCGGCAACUACGACGAGACAUUCCUGGACCUCUGCGCCUACGCGAGCACCGGCGCCUACCUCGUGCCGAGCGACGACGUCGCGGUGCAAGUGCUGAUUCCCUUCGAGAAGAGCCCGCACAUCACGCUCCUCAUCUUCACGCUCGGGGGCAAGCUGCUGCGGAUCCUCGUGGGCAUCAUCGGCACCACGGACAUCGCGCCGCACCCCUUCCACCUCUCGUUGGUGAAGGACAAGACGCGCAUUGGACUUUUCCAGACGGACAACGGCUGGAUCACGCACCGCACGAAGUACGAGGGCUUCAAGGUCUACUUCGCCGACGACAACGUCCUGGGCAACUCCCCGUGCUGCCUGAACUUCGACGGCCACAAGUCCAACACGGACAAGGUCCCGGGCACGCUCGAGGACGAGGCCGUGCCCAUAUUGCUCCGCGAGAACCAGACCUUCGGGCACACGCCCCUGGCCCACUCGACCGCUAUCGGGACCCAGCAGGCGGAUUUGCCGCAGGGCAUCAUCCAGCGCGCCAAGGCCAAAUUCGCUGACCUGAUGCGCUCCCAGACCAUGAACCGCGCGAAGCUCGACUUCGGGAACGCGCUCGGCAAGGGCGACGCCGCGGAGGCCGACGCGGGCGAGCGCUCCGCGGGCGCGCAGAACCUGGACCGGGCCAUGGAGAUGGCGCGCGCCGACGUCGAAGCCGUCGGCGGCGCCGUGCACAAGGCGUACACGCCGCCCGUCGACUUGGACGAGGCCGCGGCGGUCCACGUCCCGCGGCGUACGCGCGAAGACCGUGCGCAAUACGGACUGGUGGUCACGGACGACGACUACGUCAAGGCCAUCUCCUCAGAGGGCGCGCGCGCCCUCGCGGAGCGCGCCGCGGAGGCGGCGAAGGCCUCCAAGGUGAGCGAGCGCUGGGAGAAGCGCCGCGCCGAGAUCCGGGCCGUCGAGAAGCAGGUCGCCGACGGGGCGCCGCUCGAGAACCUGAAGGUGGGCCAGCUCAAGUCGCUGAUCUACGGGCGCACGGGGAGCGGGGCGAAGGCGUCGAACAACAAGGAGGGCGCCAUGCUCGCGGAGGCGCGCGUCGCGCUCGGCCGCGAUCUGAUGCUCCCGCCGACUCCGACGCGACGCGGGGCCGAGGAUUCGGCCGACGCUGCUGGCGACGGCUCCGACGGCGAGCUCGAGGACGGCGCCGACGACCCAUGA